UCAUCUAUAUAUAACACACCGUAUCGAAUUAUAUUAAAAAAAAUUGUUUGCAAACAAAACAAAAUUUAUAAUAAAAUUUAACAAUCAAUUUAUUAUUCCAAUUCAAUUGUUAUAUUUUCAUUUAAGAAAAAAAAGUAUAAAAUGCUCUUUUCAUAGACAUACAAUUAUUUCAGCCCUUUGGUGGCUGCAAAACUAUAUAAAAAAAAACUUUAAUGAAUGUUAAGCCUCUUCUCGGUUUUGAUUGAUUUUGUGUGUGCCUCUGUUUCUACGUUGCUUUAUAUAAAUGGAAAUCAAAAUGCCUGCAAAUAAUGAAGAAAAAUCAAAGACCGUCCUGCUGUUCCAUAUAUCACAUAGCCUUUUCAAAAACAAACGCCUUAAAAGACGCCGCCUUGCCAGUAAAAUAAAAAAGAAAAUUCCAAAAAAACGAUCUAAGCCCAAACAACCACAACAGAAGAAACCAAACUUCGUAAAUGGAGGGCUACCAUCAUCGCCCAAUCUAGCUGCAUUGUUUUCCAACGAAACAAUUGAAAUCAUAUCCACAGAUGAUGAAGAACAGCAGGAGGAAGACAGACAACAACCAUCACCUAACACAACAUUUCCUGAAAUUGGAAACAGCUUAGUUCUCUCCGCGAAUAAAACUAUUCCUGAAGUUGAAACUAGCAUAGUUCUCUCAUCGGGCGAUGAAGACGAAGUUGCUACACAAGCUAGAAUCUUUCCCAUGCUAACCAACCAGACGACAGUUCAAACAGAAGUUGGCAAUGCUGUAUUUGAACUUUCUUUAACCCAGCUGAAGGAAAAUCUACAAACAAUCACAAAGAAGCGAAAGAAACACAGGGAAAGUAGUAAGCGCCUGAGCAAAAGACUGACGAUGACGAACAGCAACUUGUCUGCGGAUCUCAGUAUAUCACUUUUAUCAGACGACGAAGAUGACCAAGGGGAGAAUACAGCAGCAAGACAAUAA